AUGCUACGGUCGCUUUCGGAAAGUGCGUGGCUCGCGGCGUAUAGUGCAGAUUUCAGAAAACGUCUGUCGAGAUUGUUAUCACGAAGUCUAAGACGAUUGCCUGCUUUGCUCGCCCUCAGUACUCUUCUUAAUGAUAACAUUAAGAUCGAUAAGCCUGUAUUGACAAAGCAGCUGAUUUCGGAACAAGUGUCAAGUCACGAUCUAGGACGUUUGGAAGCGUACUGCCGCCAACAGGCUGACUACCGACUCAUCACUGACCUCAUCACCCCGCUGGCUCACCUGCUAUUCCACACUCGAGUUCCGGUCAAACUCGAUGCCGUGCAACAGGUGAUAUUCGUGGCGAUGGGCUUCCAAAUGAAAGAUGUCGACGACGUAGCCGCUGAAUUAGGCCUCCCCGGUUCACAAAUCCUCGCUAAAUUCUACGAAGCAUGUAAGAAGAUAAACAAUGCUGUCAACUCCGUUCUAGAAGAUACUGUAGCGAAAGAGAUUGGAAUAGAAGAUAAAACCGCUGACGUGAACAUGGACGGCCCGGUGAAGCAGAGUCUAAAUGCAGAGUUGUCCAAAGCUGCGAAGGAGUUGGAGCGCAAGCAACGCAAAGAGCUGUCCCGACUGAUGGGUGAAGAUCUGACGCAGUACCGCAUCAAAGGCAGCGACCUAGACUGGAAUCAAGCGUUAACCACCUCAAAGCAGAAGAACAUUGUUUCAGUUAAAAGUGGUGAGAAACGCUUGGGCGACGACAGCAAAGAAAUUGACGACUUAAUAGAAUCCCACUCCAACAAGAAGAAGAAAAAGAAGAAACACGUUAGAAACUGA